UUGAGAUAGAGGAACUCAUACAAGUUGUGAGGUUCAUCUUACUUCCUGUUAAACAAGCAAGGGAGAAGAAAUAGACCGCCCUUGGUUGAAUGAACUAGUUUUCAACUGCCAUGUCAACUUCAAAGCUUUCAAACUCUCCUUUUACAAUUAUUCAGACUACAGGACUCAUCUAAGAACAGCUGCCUGUAGCUCAGUUCAUGUCUCAAUUGGAACAAUAUGACAACAGAGGAAAUUGCCACUUCGAGGUGACAAUCCAGUGCCUAAAAAAUCCCACAAAUUUAUAAACUCGUUCCCACUGAGACAGAAUGGAUGGUGCUGAAGACAACGAAAGACAGCAGGCCCGGACUUAUGAGCAUAAAGUGGAACAGCGUGCAGUGAAGCACAGAGAAAUCGGUGAUCGGCACAAUGUGACUUUGUGUCGUAGCCCCCCGAGAGAUCUGGACACGAGGCAAAUUAAAACCGAACUGCAUCUCAAAAGACAAUUUGAGUUUUCAAAGAGAAGACCAGUGGACCUUGGCACAUAUGCCCUGUUAUCUCCCGUGCCAAGGCGCAGAUACUUUAGGGAAACCCUGCAUGCAGCAGAGCACAUGACGUCAAUCAGACAUACUUUGAUAACAAGUCCAAAUGUAAAGCUUCAGAGAGAUGAUAUAAACUAUGCAAAGCAGACAGUUUCCACACCUCCAAUGAAUUCUGACAAUGAUCCAAGGCUGAAUACAGUGAGAUGGGAUGUACCAGUCUUCACUUCUGCCCGGCUUAGAAGAAAAGUGAGAAAAGAGCAAGUUAUUCCUCAAGAAAUGACACAAGUCUCUAACAGUCAGAAGACUUUACUUACAACCAGCAUGCAAACGGAGUCUGGAUUUGUUACUGUCAAAGAAGCAGACGUGCAACAACUGUCUGAUUAUUUGGAGGAGGCUUUACGUAGAGAAGAGACUCUUAAGAAGAAGCUCAUCAGCCUCCAGAAAAGCUCCUCUACGUUGGUGCGCUCUACUGAACUCCUGUGGAAGACACGCUGUGAUGAGGACUUACUGAAGAGUAAGAUCAAAGCUCUGGAGGCUCAGCUGCAGAUUUGCAUCAAGAAAUUUCCUCAGGAUGGAGUGAAAAAAGUGGUGCUAAAGAUGGAAAAACAAAGGGACGAGUAUGAGCAGAAAUCACUUAAGGCUAUUCACAGGGCAGAGAAUGAGAAGGCCGAGGCUCAGAGCACGAUGGAGCAUCUUCAGGGGGUGCUGCAGACAACCAAGGCAGAAUCUGAGCUUUGGCAGAAGAUGUAUGAAGAGAUGAAAGAGGACUCAAAGCAGAUGAAACUGAGACAGGAUGAUUACACUGAUCAGAUACUCAAGCUGCAGGGCCAGUUAGAGCGCUCUGCUGGACAGGAGGAGAUGCUGAGGAAACACACAGAAUCUCUUCAGCAGGAGACAGCAGAGCUUCAGUCGUGCAUGACUGAACUGGAAGAAGAGAACCUCACUCUCAGAGAACAUGUACAGGAACUCACAGGACACAACUAUGAGUUGUGGAAUAAUAACACACACACACAUGAGGAAGUUUCAGUAAUAAACCAACUCCUGCAGACGGAUCCCAGUAUGAACAAACAGCUCAGAGACACAGAGCUGAGACUCAGAAUUAAGGAAAAAGAGUGCAUGGAGCUACAGGCGGAGCUUGAAGCUCUGGAGCAGGAGUGUUACGCCUAUCAAUCCCGACUGACCCAGUGCCGAGAAGAAAUAAACUUACUGACCACACGCCAGAAGAGCAGCAGGAAGCAAUGCUGUGGGUUCUGGUUCUGUGUAUGGCUUUUCUUACUGCUAUUGUUGGUUGUGGUGGUGGCAGUUUUGUGCUUGUACCAUCCACCUGCCAAGGAGCAGGUUCGGCAGUUUUACUCUCUUUUGAAACAGCGUAUGGAAGAUUACAUGAUAUUAGCAGCAUCAGCACAUGGAGCCUGCAGUAGACCUGUGUGA